AUGGUGCAUGAUUUUCCUCGGAUUUCUGAUGCUACUCGGUUACAGUACCUGAAAAUGUUCUUGACCGGUAGCGCGGCUGAUUUCGUGAAGGAAAUUCCAACUACUAACGCUAACUAUGCAAGCACAUGGAAGGCGUUGGAGCUUCGUUACCAUAAUCCAAGGCUCAUCAUCACCAAGUACUUGACGGCCUUUAUAGCUCUUCCUCAUCUUAAGAAGGAAUCAGGUGAUGAGUUAUGCUUUUUAAUUGAUGAGGCUACGCGUAUCGUUCGUGCUCUGGAGAAUUUGAAGAUGCCGAUAGACCAGUGGGAUGUAUGGUUCGUUUUACUCUUGUCUGAGCGCUUAGAUCCGGAGUCUCGUAGUCGAUGGGAGUCCUUACUUAGCGAGAAGGAGCGAAAGAAGAUAGAGCCAGGAGCAGGUGUAGGGCAGGAGGUCACUGAGUCAUCGUACACUCCGGCAACAUUCCACGAGUUUAUCGAAUUCCUUGAAACUCGAGCUCAAACUCUUGGCGUGCUGGCUCCUGAUCGACGUGGCGAGAAACGAUCGGCUGCUCCGCUUAAAUCGAUUCAUCCUCGUAAGGUGUUCCACGCGAACUCUUCGCAGUGUCCUCUCUGUGCUGGUCCACACGCGCUGAUGCGAUGCUCUCAGUACAAGGAGAAGAAGUUCCAGGAUCGCCAGAAGGAGGUUAAGCGGCUCCGGCUCUGUUUCAACUGUCUGGGACAUCAUCGAGCGAAUUCUUGUUCCUCUUCGGGUCGUUGUUCGGAAUGUAAACAAAAGCAUCAUUCCUCUCUUCAUGAUCCGAGUAGGAGCAGUCAAGGAUCAUCGUCUACUGCGCCGAAGAAGGACCAAGGGAACUCCAGUAGCGGCUAA